UUGACAACUUCUACAUUCCAAGACCAAAAUGGACAAUAAAAAUAAAAUUGAAUGGAGUUAAAACAAGAAGUUGGUGAAAAUAUCUUGUAUUUUUACAAAAGUUGGUAGUAAAAAUCACUGAUAUAAUUUCUAUUUAAAAUUUGCACUUCUUUACUUUUUCGACACAGUUCACAAAAUAUUUGCAUUUUUGAGGCCUACUCUUUUGGUAAAUAACUGCCUUUGUUAGCUAUGGAAGUAAAAGCUGAAGUUAAAGAUGAGCUUGUUGAUAAUGAUUCAAGAUAUAUAAAAAGUCAGCUGCCCACAUCCCUUGAUCUGGGAGACUUGAGGAAUGAUCUGCUGGAAAGUAACUCAGUUAGGGCCGUAAAAGCUGAAAUUAAGAAAGAGUUUAUCGAAGAUGAUUCCAGAGACUUGAAAUGUCAGCUACCCACAUCCCUUGAUUCCCUUGAUCUGCGAGACUUGAGGAAUGAACCGGAAGGUAACUCAGUUAUGGCUGUAAAAACUGAAAUUAAGCAAGAGUUUGUCGAAGAUUAUUCAAGAGAUAUAAAUAGUCAGUUACCUACAUCCCUUGACCUAGGAGACUUGAAGAAUGAACCGAAUGAGUAUAACUCAGGCUUUCUCGAAGAACAGCACACCUCAGAAACUAUGAAAACAAUAUUCGUAGGUUCAUGUAAUAAAGAACAACUUAUGAGUGGAUCGGUUGAAGAAAAAACAUUAAAAUGCGAAAUUUGUUUUAAGCAAUUUACUACGACAAGUAAUUUGAAAUCACAUUUGAGAGUGCACAGUGGUGAAAAACCUUACAAGUGUGAAUUUUGUUUUAAACAAUUUUCUUCGAAAAGUAUUUUGAAUAGACAUUUGAGAUUACAUACUGGAGAAAAUUUUUACAAGUGCGAAGUUUGUUUAAAGGAGUUUUCUCAGAAAAGUAGUUUGAAAACACAUUUUAGAUUGCAUACUGGAGAAAAACCAUACAAGUGUGAAAUUUGUUUUAAACAAUUUUCUCGAAAAAAUUGUUUGACUAUACAUUUGAGAAAGCAUAAUGGAGAAAAUCUUCACGAGUGCGACAUUUGUUUUAAACAAUUUUCUUCGAAAAGUAUUUUGAAAAGACAUUUAAGAUUGCACACUGGAGAAAAUCCUUACAAGUGCGAAAUUUGUUUCAAGCAGUUUUCUCAGAAAAGUAGUUUGAAAACACAUUUUAGAUUACAUACUGGAGAAAAACCAUACAAGUGUGACAUUUGUUUUAAGCAAUUUUCUCUCAAAACUAGUUUGAAUAUACAUUUCAGAUCGCACACUGGAGAAAUUCCUUAUAAGUGCGAAAUUUGUUUUAAGCAGUUUUGUCAGAAAAUUACUUUGACAGCGCAUUUAAGAUUGCACAUUGGAGAAAAUAAUUUUAAGUGCGAAAUUUGUUCUAAGCAGUUUUCUCAUAAAAGUAGUUUGAAAACGCAUGUUAGACUGCACACUGGAGAAAAACCAUAUAAGUGUGAAAUUUGUUUUAAGGUUUUUACUCAUAAAAUUUCUUUGGAUGAACACAAAAUAGUUCACACUGGAGAAAGUCGUUACAAGUGCGAUAUUUGUUUAAAGCAGUUUUCGCAGAAAAGCUAUUUGAAAACACAUUUUAGAUUUCACACUGGAGAAAAACCGUACAAGUGUGAAAUUUGUUUUAAAAAAUUUAUUAAGGCAGAUCACUUGAAAACACAUUUGAGAGUGCACACUAAAGAAAAACCGUACAAGUGUGAAAUAUGUUUUAAAAAAUUUAUUAAAGCAGAUAAAUUGAAAAUACAUUUGAGAGUGCACACUGGAGAAAAACCUUACAAGUGUGAAAUUUGUUUUAAGCCGUUUACUACAGCAACUAAUUUGAAAAGACAUUUGAGAUUGCACACUGGUGAAACUUCUUAAGUGCGACACAUGUUUUCAGCUUUUUACUCAUAAUAGUUGCAAAUUUUGAUAUAGAGUCUAAUCAUAUUUCUGUAGUAGCAACUGUACAUUCAGGAAUUAACGAAGAAGAGCCUCUGCCCAAGUUGCACAAUUACAAAACCAACUGGCAAGCUUUCAGAGAAAUGGUUGCAGCAAAUAUUGAACUAAACGUAUCACUAAAAUCACCGUAAGAACUAGAAAAAGAAAUCCAAAAUUUCACAACAACAAUUCAAGAAGCUGCGUGAAAAACAACACCUCCACCAACACAUACAAAACAAAAAAUUAGUUGUUCAAAAAAUGUCAGAGAAAAAAUGGUGUCAGACAAUAAGUUAAGGCUCACUAGAAUACCUAGCGCCUAGUUCAAGAAUACCUAGAAAAUUUAACGCCGUCAGAUGCCAGCGAUUAUGCGCUAUGGAAGGCUACUAAAAAAUUAAAACAACAACAUCGUCACAUCCCACCAAUUAGAAAAUCCAACGGAACGUGGGCCAGAACAAACAAUGAAAAGGCAGAACUUUCGGCGAAUACCUAGAAGUUUUCAAACCUAUACCAGCUGCUGCAACGAACAACGAUCAAGAAAUCUACAAUUUUCUACAGAACCAAACCCCGACAGGAGAAAUCACACUACACGUAUCAUACAAAGAAGUUCUAAACAUAAUCAACAAUAAUCUAACAAAAAAGAAAGCACCUGGCUACCACUUAAUCACAGGUGGGGUAAUUAAAAAUCUACCUCUCAAAGCAAUUAAAAUGCUAACUCUAGUGUGUAAUGCGGGCGGUAUUAACGCUAAAACACUUCCCAAUCCAAUGGAAAAUUGCGGAAAUUAUCUUUAUACAAAAAUCAGAAAGACCUCCAAAUGAGCCCACUUCAUAUCGACCAAUUAGUUUAAUGCCAGUAAUGUCAUAAGAUCAUGGAAAAAAAUAAAAAAAAAGACUUCUAAAAAUACCAACAGACAGAAAUAUGAUACCCGACCACCAAUUUGGCUUUAGGAAAGAGCAUGGUACCGUCGAACAAAUUCACAGAGUGGUCAACGUCAUAAAUAAAACAUUUGAAGAAAAAAGUUACUGUUCAGCAGUAUCCCUCGAUGUUAGCCAGGCUUUUGAUAAAGUUUGGCAUUAAGGACUGUUGUAUAAACUGAAAAAGAACUUACCAGAGGAACUAGGUACACUCCCGAAAUCAUAUUUAUCAGAAAGAUACUUUCGAGUGAAGUUUUAGUCAACCUAUACAAAACUAUAUCCCAUCAGAUCGGGGGUACCGCAAGGAAGUGUUCUGGAACCACAACUGAUCUGGUUUACACAGCCGACUUACCCACAAAUCGUAAUACAACGGCCACCACCUUUGCGGAUGAUACUGCAAUCCUCGCAAUACACAAAAAUCCAGUCGAGGCUGCUGUAAAAAAUAAGAGAGUAUUAAAUCAAAUAAAUACAAUGGCACAAAAUUGGAGAAUUGAAUUAAAUGAACAAAAAUCAAAACAUAUUGUUUUUACAAAAUAUUACAGUAACAAUAAAUAAUAAGGUAAUUCCCUCAGUUACCUCUGCAAAAUAUCUGGGAUGCACAAACAGAAACAACUGGGCAUAAAAUUUACACGACAACAAAUAAACUGCUACUCUACAACACAAUAUUCAAAUCAGUCUGGGCAUAUGGUCUGCAGCUCUGGGGAACAGCAUUUAAGUCGAAUGUAUCCAUAAUUGAGAGAUUCCAGUCCAAGGUGUUACGUUCAAUAAUCGAUGCUCCAUCGUUUGUUUAACAGAGAUAUUUCGAAAACCGUCAGUGAAGUGAUAGUGGAGUUAAGUGCAAAAUACAUCGUACUUCUUGAAAGCCACGCGAAUGUGCUUGCAAUUAAUUUGUUAGACAAUAUUCAGGAAACAAAACGGUGUAAGAGAGAUAAUACCAUUAGAUUUACCGCACAGACAUUAAUGUUGUUGCAAUAGCUAAGUUGAUAUGUGUAUAUACAGUAAUUUAAUAUUAACCCUAUAGAGAUGUGUGGCGCUGGUCACAAUCUCUUCAUGUCAUUUUUUCACAGAUAAAAUGUGCCUAUUAUAUGUUAUAACAGAUUGCCUAAUAAACAUUAAAAAAAUGGUUGCGUUCGCAGAAGCCUGUCGUGGACAAUUAGUCCACGACAAAUCAUGCGCACUUUAAUUCCAUAGGUAUUACAUAUUUAUUUAAUGUAUUAUCGUUGAUUGAUAAAUAUACCAGUAUAUUAAUA